GCUCCGGUUUCGUCUUCUUCCCUCUUUCUCCACCGUCCGACCGAAGGGAACCAGAGACAGCAAGACCGAUAGAUCUGGUCGGCUAUGCCUGAAGAGCUCUAGGAUCUCGAUUUAUGUGUUCUAAUCAUGAAAAGGUCUCACAUUUCUUCCAGUCGUUCGUAUUCUCGACCGGCGAUUUCAGUUCUCGGCAUUUGCUUCUUGUUCCUCCUCGGAUUCACACUAACCCCUCGAAAAUCCUCUGAUUGGUCUUCUGGGUCAGACCCAAAUCCCCGGCUCCGGAGUUUCUCCGGGAAAUCGGAGAUUCCGAGGUUCGCGUACUUGGUGACGGGAACAAAAGGGGACGGAGCUCGUGUGAAGAGGUUGGUUAGGGCAAUACACCAUCAGAGGAACUACUAUCUUCUUCAUCUGGAUCUAGAAGCUUCGGAUGAGGAGAGAUUAGAGCUUGCGAAGUAUGUGAGGUCGGAGAAGAUGAAGAAUGUGAUGGUUAUGGGUAUGGCGGAUUUGGUGACGGAGAAGGGUCCGACUAUGUUGGCGAACACGCUUCAUGGGGUUGCGAUUAUGUUGAAGAAAGCUAGCGAUUGGGAUUGGUUCAUUAAUCUCAGUGCUUCUGAUUAUCCUCUCAUGCCUCAGGAUGAUAUUCUGCAUAUCUUUUCUUACUUGCCUCGCUACCUCAACUUCAUCGAGCACACGAGCAACAUCGCUUGGAAAGAGAAUCAAAGAGCGAGGCCUAUCAUCAUCGAUCCCGGGUUGUACCAUAUGAAAAAAUCCGGUGUCUUUUGGGCUAAGGAAAGAAGAUCACUGCCUGCUUCUUUCAAGCUUUUCAUGGGAUCAACGAGUGUUGCAUUGACGAGAUCGUUCCUUGAAUUCUGCAUCUGGGGAUGGGAAAAUCUCCCGAGAACGCUCCUAAUGUACUACACGAACUUCCUCUUGUCCCCGGAAGGCUACUUCCACACCGUGAUCUGCAACAGCAAAGACUAUCAGAACACAACGGUUAACCACGACCUGCAUUACUCGCGUUGGAACGAGAUUCUUCAACAAGGGCCGAUGAAUCUAACUGUCGAGGAUUUCCGAGAAAUGGUUGAGAGCGGUGCCCCUUUCGCUCGGGAAUUCCCUGAGAACGAUCGGGUCCUCGAUAAGAUCGACGAGGAGCUUCUGAGGAUUGAUUCUUCUGGCUUUGAGCUUAAGCCUUUGGGAGUUGUUAAGCCAACGGUGAGUUCAAAAAGGCUGGAGAAGCUAAUGGCUAGGCUUCUUGGUCAGGAGAAUUUCCGGCCUAAGCAAUGUAAAUAGUUAAAUUCCAUUUGGGUAUUUGGUUCUUGUUCUUACAAUAAUUUAUUUUCUUUUUUCAGAAAUGAAAAUUUUGUAGUAGUUUUAUGUGUUUUUCUUGAUAUCCAUUGUUGAAAUUCAGAAAGGAAAUUUAUUCA